GUCGGCCAUCAACCUCCAGGGCCCAGAAUGAAGUUUAACAAGAUGGUGUCCUCCUCCAGGAGGAAGAACAGGAAGCGUUAUUUUAAUGCUCCUUCUCAUGUCAGGAGAAGGAUCAUGAGCUCUCCAUUAUCUAAGGAACUUCGUCAGAAAUACAAUGUCAGAAGUAUGCCUAUCAGAAAAGAUGAUGAAGUGCAGGUUGUCCGUGGCAAUCACAAAAGCCAGCAGCUCGGCAAGAUCGUCCAGGUGUACAGAAAGAAGUUUGUUGUACACAUUGAAAGAAUCCAGCGGGAAAAGGCCAAUGGUGCCUCUGUCCAUGUCGGAAUCCACCCUUCAAAGAUCCUUAUUGUGAAGUUGAAAAUUGACAAAGAUAGGAAAAGAAUCCUUGAACGCAAGGCCCGAUCAAGACAGGUGGCAGACAAGGGCAAACAUACAGAAGAAUCAAUUAUGGAAACUUCAUAAAUUAUUUGUAAAAGCUGGAAAUAAAAGGAUAGGAGGACA